GGGGAGGAGGAGGAGGACGCAGCGGCGGAGGAAGCGCUGCCGUCGCCCCGCGGAAGUCGUUACGGCUCUCCUGUUUCUGCAUGGCGGCUGCGGUGUGCCUGCAGCUGCUGCUCCCGCCGCCAUCUUUAGCGUUGCCCGCCUUGCGGGGACGGGACGGCGGGAGAGCGUGAGCCCGGGCCGGAGCAAGCCUCCCCCGCUCUCCGCCGGCGGCUCCUUCCUCCUCCCCGCCCGUCUCCCGCAGGAUCGGUGACCGCGGAGCCGAUGGGGAAGUACUUCCUGACCCUGAGCGUCCUGAAAGGGCCUUGGGACCAAGUCUUCACCGCCUUUUGGCAGCGCUACCCGAACCCUUACAGCAAGCAUGUCCUAACGGAAGAUAUCUUGCACCGAGAGGUGACUGAUGACCAGAAACUGCUUUCCAGGAGGCUCCUAACCAAAACCAACCGGAUGCCCCGCUGGGCAGAGCACUUCUUUCCACCUAAUGUCGGCCGCCAUGUCUAUAUCCUAGAAGACUCCAUUGUGGACCUACAGAAUCGAACUAUGACCACAUUCACCUGGAACAUUAAUCAUGCACGUCUUAUGGUAGUGGAGGAGCGAUGUGUUUACAGAGAGAACCCAGAAAACAAUAGCUGGACAGAAGUCAAGCGGGAAGCCUGGGUCUCCUCCCGUCUCUUUGGCGUCUCCCGUGCUAUCCAGGAAUUUGGCUUGGCUAGAUUCAAGAGCAAUGUGACCAAGACUACUAAAGGUUUUGAAUAUGUGCUGGCCAAAAUGCAAGGUGAAGCACCCUCUAAAACACUAGUGGAAACUGCCAAGGAGACUGCCUUGGCGGUUACUGAGAAGGCAAAGGACUUAGCUGGCAAGGCAGCUACUACAAAAAAGCAACAGUACACGUGAGAAAACAGUUUUUUCCACUGAAGGAACUAGAAUGCCACUGGUACAGAGUGGCACAAUAAUACUGGAAGGUUCACUUUAACUUAAGCUUCCCUUCCUUUGGAAGUUGACCAGAAUGUCUGUAGAUUUUAUGUUUUUUUAAUUGAGACUGUACAAAUCUGACAAUCAUCUUCUUUCUUAAAGGUGUUAAUUAUCAUUAAAAGAAUACAAUUUA